GCGGGACCCGAGCGGAGCGCCCCGGGAGGGGCCGACGGACCAGCGGACAGACGGAUCCUGCAACCCCCCGCCCCGUUCAUUAGCGACGGUCCGCGCCGGCCAUGUGGGGCCCCGGGGUCACGGCCGAGGGCCUGUCGGCGGCGCCGGCGCCGCCGCCGCUGCUGCCGCUGCUGCUGCUCCUGGCGCUGGCGCUGGUGGCGCCCUCGCGGGGCGGCGGGGACUGCGCGGAGCUGGCGUGCGGGGAGCGGGAGCGCUGCUGCGACGCGGCCAACGCCACGGCGGUGCGCUGCUGCAAGCUGCCGCUGCACGCCUUCCUGGACAACGUGGGCUGGUUCGUCCGCAAGCUCUCCGGGCUGCUCAUCCUGCUGGUGCUCUUCGCCAUCGGCUACUUCCUGCAGCGCAUCAUCUGCCCCAGCCCCCGCAGGUACCCGCGCGGACAGGCGAGGCCCGGGCAGGCGCGACCUGGGCCGCCUGGGGGCGCCGGGCUGCCAGGAGCCGCAGGGCCGGACGACGACGACGACGACGACGACUCGCCCGCGCUGCUGCGGGACGAGGCGGCCGCCGGCUCCCAGGACUCGCUGCUGGACAGUGGCAGCGGCGGUCGGGGCCGCGGCGGCGGCGGCGGGCUCUCCGCGCCCUCCUGCGCCUCCGAGCACGAGCUGCGGGUGGUCUCGCCGGUCUUCCUGCAGCUGCCCAGCUACGAGGAGGUCAAGUACCUGCCGACCUACGAGGAGUCCAUGCGGCUGCAGCAGCUCAGCCCCGGGGAGGUCGUGCUACCCGUGUCGGUGCUCGGCCGCCCUCGAGGCGGCGGCGGCGGCGCCGGGGAGUCCGACGGCAGCGAAGGCCGCUUCCCGCUCAUCUGAGCGCCCGGGGCCCCUCGAGGACCCCGCGGACAGAACCGGGCUGGGGGCUGCGGGUGGGAUGCAACGGCCGGGGUGGCCGCGGCCGCCACCA